AAGUUGAUUGAAUAAAAUUAAGAACAUGGAAUAUAGUAUGGAUGCAGUUCCUUGAGCACCGUUUCUUCCACAGUGUAUGUUUUGCAGAUUGUUGGCCUGAAUGAUUGAUGGAUAAACAGCGUACACAGGACUAAUAUCAAGAAAACAUUGUGUCUGUUGUGGCUGUGUUUGACAAAACUGAUGCAGAAUCACAUCUUCUGAAAUGCAGUUGAAAAAAAUGAGGGAAAUUUUACCAAGAUUGUACCCUGGCCAAGUUAACGAUAAAAAUAAUUCCUUAACUACAUCCCCAAAGCAGUCUUCUGAGGAUAAAACAAAUCCAUCAAAAGGGGACGAUGACCAAAACUACUGUUACCAAGGAACUGAGGCUGAGUACAAUAAGUUGUCACUGAUAAGCUGUAUAAAAUGCAGAAGCGUUCAGAAAAUUUCAGUGCAAGAUAUAGAGAAGCGUAAGAAGCUUGGGUGGACUGAAGACAAAAAUUUCAUCUGCAAGAAGUGCAGUCAUAGUACACCAUCAGCUUUCCAUUUUGUUCCUGAGGGUGCCAAUGCUGUCAACUUUGAAAAACAUGAAAAAAAAUCUCCAAGUAAACCCCAGAAAACAUUUAAGGUUAAAAACUUUCUGCCAGGUAAAUACUACUGUGAUAAAUGUAGGUUUUCAACAAAGGAUCUUUUGCAGUAUAAAAAGCAUAUAGGUCAACAUGAAGAAAUUAAAUUUUUUUGUUCCCACUGUAGUUACAUAUCCUACACCAAAGGAGAAUUCCAGAGACAUUUGGUGAAACACACUGGAACUUUUCCCUAUCAGUGUGAAUACUGUGAAUAUGGUGCUGUUAGACAUGACUAUAUAGUAAAACAUACGAGAAGAGUACAUGAAACACCCACAAAACGGCUGUCAAAUACUAUCAUAAACCACAAGCAAAAGAAGCCAAGUCAAAGCUCUUUAUCUGAAAAGCGGAAAUACGAUAAAAUUCCUUUUCAGAAUGAACUUUCAAAUGCGUCUUCAAAUAUGGUUUGUGAGAUUCCAGAUGAAGUAACCAAAACAGUCUGUUCAUCUCAUGAUGUAGAAUGUGGUGUAAACACAGCAUUGGUCCAGGAUAAAUCAGUAUUGGAGCCAUCUGAAAUAAGCGUAUGUGAGAAUCAAAGUGUUGAAGUUGAGGUUUAUUCUCCAAAAACAGAGCCUUUACAACCUGGAAUGCCUUUAACAGUAAUUGCACCGUCUGAACUUGUAGUUCCUUCUAACUGUUUAGCUCAGAUAGUAGAGAUUAAAAUAGUGAAUGGAGCACAACAGCUGGUUCUUAAACUAAUUCCUAUGAAAGAAGCAACUUAUAAACCUGUAAAUGGUACAGAAGAGGAACUUGAGAAUCAAGGUAUAGAACGAUCUGCAGAAGAGAAAAAACAGUCUUCUGUAUCUCAAAAUGAGUUACUAACCAUGGAAGUGAAUGUAGACAAAUUAUCCAGUGUUAGUAACCAGCUUAAUUUGGAUGAUACAUGUGACAAGAAUUCUGAAUAUCUUUGUUUUUCUGAUUCUCAACUCUCAGACUGUAACUCUGUAUCUAUACAGAGGGAAGAUGCAUCAAAAUUAUGCCUUCAUUUGGUGAAAGGUAUUGAUGUCCAUUCAGGUGUUAUAGAACUUUGUUCUCCAUCUCUGGUGAUGAAUAGUACUGAAAAAAAAAGUGAUCUUAAAUCCACAAGGUGGGAAGUAGAUGGAAAAAAUAGCUUACAUUAUGACUUGUAUUGUUAUGAAGAAGCUGUGGAUAAAUAUGCUUGUAUUUCUGAAGACAGAAGUUCUAAGAACAUCUCAGUAGAGGCUGCUCCGGAGGGCAGAAAUUCCUCUUGUUCUGCAGUCCUUAAACAAAAGGAUACAUCGCCUCUAAAGAGGGGUGACAAAGAGUGUAGGAGUCUGCCAGUCAGCUUUGCAGAAACACAUUUAGCUGGUAAGGGUUUUGAUAAAAAAGCUGUUACGUCUUCUCAAGCAGGAAAAAGUUUUCAUGUCACUAAAGCUCCACUUUGUGAGGACAUGACUUUUGGCUUUAGCAAAGUAAAGAGAGCUGAAGCCGUAAAUCAAAAGGACAGUCGUCAUCUGGAAUCAUUAGAACUACAGAAGAUGGAAAAUAAAAGCAACCCUUUUGAAGGACCUGUUAUUUCAUCUGUAUUUUCUCUCAGCUCUGGGGCUGAAAAUGUUCCAGAGGGUGUCAGAUGGGAUGACACAACAUGCAAUAAGUCAGCAACACUGCUAUGUAGAAAGAUUGCUCAGCUCAUGUCCGCUGCUGAAUCUAACAUAAAAUCCAUGCCUUUGAGAUGUCAAGCUUCUAAUAAAAAGGUGCUUUUCCCUCAAGAAAAUUCAGCAAGCUGUGAGAGAGUUGUUCCUGCCACUGAGGUGGAACAGUCUGUGUCUUUGCCUCAAGUGCAUGGUGGAAGCAGUGUGAUUAGUAACGAAGAACACAGUAAAGAUCAGUUGCUUACAUUUGCAAGAACAUCUAAAAGCAGGGUAACUAAAAAUUCCCAUAUUGCUACUCCAGUGUUUAUCCCCAAAGGGACAAUGCUGAGAGUGCUGAAUGUUACUAGCAGUCAAAACUCAAAUGGAAUAGAAAACAGGAGUGAAACAUCAGCUCCUUCUCUGUAUUGCAAUGAAAUGUUUCUGCCUCGCCCGGUUCCUGUCAGUGUUUCAGAGACACUCGGCAGUAAUUUGCCGUGUUUGCCUAAUCAGAGUGAACCAAAUGUGCAGUCCCGAAGUAUAUCCCUCAGGCAAAGACCAAAGCGAGAGGCAACUGUUAAAAACAAUAGCAAACAAACUGGUGUGCCAUUUCAGAAAAGCAGUGAUGUCAAUAAGCAAAGCAAACCCUAUUCAAGAAGUCAACUAGGUCCCAAAAAUAAGGUGAAACAAGCAAGUUUGAGGGAACUUCGUAAGAGAAAAACAAGAACUCAGUCAGAGACGAGUUCAAGUUCUGACAUGUCGUAUCUGUUGACAGCAAGACGUCUUCGUCUUGUCCCUCUGAAGAUGAAUCAGUUGAUAAAAUGCCCUCGUCGUAACCAGCCAGUUGUGGUACUAAACCAUCCUGACGUUGACUCACCAGAGAUAAUUAAUGUCAUGAAGACUAUCAACAAGUAUAAAGGUCAAGUCCUGAAGGUAGUUCUAUCAGAAAGGACAAGUAGUUGUCUUGGUGUCAAACGUUAUCGAAAGCGUCUUACUCUUCAGAAUGCUGAGACAGGAAACCAAGCAAAAAAGCAGAGUAUGCUAAAAAUGAAGCUAAAAAAGACCCAUAAGAACAACUACCAGGUGGUGGAAGCUUCACCAGCUGAAACACUUCAGUGUAUGUUUAAGUGUUGGUUUUGUGGAAGAGUGUAUAUGGACCAAGAAGAAUGGAUAAGUCAUGGACAGAGGCACUUGAUAGAGGCGACCAAGGGUUGGGAUGUUCUUUCUUUUCCAGCAAAAAAGCGUUAA